CCGCCAUUGAUUUCACUGGUCAUAUGUCUUAGUCCCUGACCGCAUUGAGCCAGAAUCAUAUCAUAAUAGUUGACUAGGUAGUCAAUACUUCACAAGUCGUGCUGUACUGCUGACUCAUCGUCGCCGACUGCUUCGAACAAAUGAUAAAACGAUAAAACCACCAGAGAAGCCACGCAGUGCACGGAUGAUCGGAUGAUUGGAUAUCACAGCUCAUAACGCAGAUCCUGGUUGCCUUUUAUAUUCAGGGUCUUCUGCUGCCAAGCUGAACAGGAUGCCUCGCCAAGCAUGGCGUCGUCAGAUUUCAUGUCUCAUACCUCGGAAGUAGGAUCCCUGACGACGCACUCGAACGAUGAGAGCCAGUUCGUCGGGAGUUCCAGCGGCGUCUACUUUAUUAAAACGGUCAGACAGGCCUUUUCUCAAGGCGUUACACCGUCAAAUGAUGAGACACAAGGGCAAGACUUUCCUCACCCGGAGGAUACGAUCAUUGGUAGCGAAGACUCACCGUGCGAGAAACAUCCUCCCACGGCUUACGGGACCCCGUACAGCAGUAUAGAUGCUGGGACUCGUCAUCAUCGCUGGGAGUACCAUCCGGCCGUCACACAGGCCUUGGGAGAAGCUCCACCGCUUCAACAAGCGAAAGAAUUGAUGAUGAUGUAUUUCAAAGUCUGGCAUCCGCUAUUUCCGUUCCUCCAUGGACCGACUUUUCUGCAGGAGAUGGAGCUACUAUACUCUACAAGCGGGGGUGCAUCAUCGACUAUAAAUGUACAGUCAGAACAUAAAAGUGCCUGCUGGACAACGAUUUUUCAAUGCGUUUUCAACCUCGCCAGUCUAUUGAAUCCAGGUGUCAACCUACCGCAAGCGUCCAAAAUCAAAUCACCCACAAACAUCCAUACAUUGUUAGGGUUGCUCGUCUACAGACAUGACACUCCGGCUCUUCAGGCAAUGCUGGCCGCGCAAUUAUAUCUCCUAGCCACGAUGUCACUUCGGACGGCGUCGACGGUAGGUGGCUGUAUCCUUAGAUCAAUGCUUCAUGCUGGCUUGCAUCGUUGUCCGUUCCGUUACAAGGAACUUACCUGUCAUGAUCGUCAAUUGCGAAAGAGGAUCUUUUGGAGCGCAUACGCUAUUGACCGCUACCUGAGCCAGGCACUGGGUUUGCCUCUUGGGAUUCAAGAUUCGGACGUUGACGUUUGUCUGCCGGGUGCACAUGAGUUGCAUAAUCCGCUGUCCUCAAGCAGCAUUGCACAAACUGAAGCAUCCCCUAAUCGGACAAUCCCAAAAUCACCUAUGCUGGAGAAUGGACGGUCUGUAGGAAAUCCAUAUCUCGGAAGGACUGAACAGAGCCCCCAUCCUCAACCUUCGAACGACGACUCUAAUUGGCAUCAAGAACAAAAUAACCGAGAAGCUGCGCUGGCAAACUACGUUAUAUCUGGAAGAUUGACUGGCCGAGCAUUAGAGCUCUUCCACAAAUCCAUCCACGUCCGUUCCGUCCGACGCAGCUCGGUUCUCUUUCUGAUAUCCGAUGUCCACAAAUGGUGGAACGGACUACCACCAAGCCUACAAGGAACGCCUCCUCCUAGGCGCAACUGCGAAACAAAAUCCCCUGAAGCUGAUGAACCUUUCGAUCUGGGACCGUUCUUCACGGUCCUUUACCAGCAUCUUAUUCUCCUGAUUAACCGACCAUUGCUGUCUCUAGAUACCUCAAGCCCGGACUUCUGCUCUGGACUUCAGACUUGCAUUGGUGCAGCUAGGGGUAUCUUAUCCGCGUUACAGGCUCAGAUAGACGGAGGCCAAGCGCUGUUCUGGCCGGGCUUCUUAUCAGCAGCAUGGAUGUCGGGGUUGGUGAUUGUUUUUGCUUGUCAACUUAAACAAUACGUUCUUUCGAAAGGUUGUCAAGAGAUCAGCGAAUGCCUCGACAUCCUCAACUUGAUGUCCUCACAAUGGGAUACCGCCAAGCAGUGCCAUACGGCCCUUUCAUCUCUCUUCCUAAAGAUAAAACGCCAAAACAGCAACGACAACAACAAUCCCAACAACUUACUACUCUCCUCAAUUCACGACAACUUCACUCAUCACGCCCAACCCUCCUCUCCAACAACCAUAGCUCCACCAUCAUCAAACACACCCACCAAUCCUCACGAUUACUAUGACUUCCACAGACACAAGCGUCGAAAAACAGACCCGACGAACGAUCCUUCGGAUCAAAAUACUCGAUCUACACAGCAACAACAGCAAUCCCUUCUUCUUCCUCCACCUCCUCUUACUCAGGCAUAUAAUAGUAAUAAUUACAACACCGAAACAACAGCAUCCAUAACUAACAAUAACCCAACAUCAUGGAAUCUAAGCGGUCUCGAAGAUCUUCAAUGGCCAGGUGGUUCUGAGUCUGCUACGAAUUUUGAUCUGAAUAUGACGGAUCUGUUUCAUGGGGAUUGUUUGUUUGAUUUAUCGGGACCGUCUGCGGAGUCUUGAUUCGAGAUCGUGAUGAUUCAUGUUCGGUUCACGUGCAUACAUAUACAUGUGUGUGUGUGUAUGUAUUAGGGCAAGACAUCAUCGUCACCUAGAGAAAAGCAGAAAGAAUUCAUAACUAUAGUCAUGAGCUGCGAUCACUCAUCGUUGUAUUUUGUAGAUGAAAU